GUUUAUAUAUAUUUUCAGAUUCCUAAAGAGAUUGAAAAUGUCGACGGCUUCUCUCCUCCGGUUUUGCGCUCUUCCUCCUCUCCAAACCCUAAGCCGAAGCCAUGGGCGACCAUCAUCAACUAUCCACACCCCUCUCCGCCUCCACAGUCUACCAUCCAUCAAAAACCGCAGCUCCAAGACCGUAAUUUCAAUGUCCUACCGCGCCACUGUUCCUGCAUCAGACCGGCUCCUUUCCGCUCUUUCUUACUCUCUCCCCUUCUUCAACUCACUUCACUAUGGCCGCUUUCUCUUUGCUCGCUUUCCCGCCGUGGGGGUAGCUUUAGAGCCUCUGCUGCCGCUGAUCGGGGCGUACAGGUCUCUGCCCUAUGCGAGCUUCGUUGCAUUCUUCGCCCUCUACCUCGGUGUGGUGAGGAAUCCGGUGUUCGGUAGAUACGUGAGAUUCAAUGCGAUGCAGGCGGUGGUUCUUGAUGUGUUACUCGCCCUGCCGGCGUUACUGCAGAGGAUCUUUGGAGUGCCGGCGAGGGGUUUAGGGUUUCGGCUGCUCGAGGUUAGUUAUAAUGUUAUCUUCAUGAUCGCUGCGGGAUGCUUUUUCUACGGACUUGUGAGCUGUGUGUUCGGGAAGACGCCUUACCUUCCGCUGGUAGCAUCAGCGGCUGACCGCCAGCUCUAACCAAGGCUUGAGACCAUCAGAAGCUCCGGGUUUAGUCUUGCAAGUAAGUUUUGAGUGACUUGUUAUUUCAAUUUAACAGGUUAAUAUGCAUAAGGUGAGAGGAAUUUGUUUUGUUAGAAUGAUAUGAUUUUGUUAGUAUGCGUUUAUUGGAAUCAGUGAGAGGAAUUUCGUUUGUUGGAAUGCUAUUAAUUGAGGGAAUUAUAUUGUAUCGUCUAUCUUAGCAAAAA